ACGAGGGCAAACUUGCUAGCUUACUAGAUAUCCAUAACGCCAAGUACUUCCCGACGCUGCCAUGCUUGACGAAGACACAAUAAACUGGGACGCGCUACGAGCUCAGAGCCUUCUCCCUGGUGGAUUUGGAAAAGAAAGAACACGUGUUUGGCCAGCCCUGCUCGGAGUCUGCGUUCCGUCAGAACCUCCUCCGUAUGCAGAGGUCUCUCCAGAACCUUCUACAAACGAUCCGCCCCAUCCUGACGAGCGUCAAGUACGUUUGGACACCGACCGGAGCUUUGUGAUGUAUCCCGCAGACGAUAAUGAAGAUAGUCGCCGAACUGUAUUGCAAACUUCUCUCAACAGUUUGAUCGUUUCCCUCCUCAGGAAGCGUCGGAAGUUGCACUAUUUCCAAGGAUACCAUGACAUUGUCACUGUUGUCUUUCUAACUCUUCCACCAGAACUUCAGCUCCCUUGUAUAGAAAAGCUUUCCCUUCAUCGAUUGAGGGACUCUAUGGGACCCACGUUAGAGCCUGUAUUGGGACUUCUCCGGAUCGCGCGUAAUCUUCUGCGUAUCAUCGACCCUAAAUAUGCAAUGUUGCUUGAGAGCAUUGCGCCCCUACCGUUCCAUGCCCUAUCAAAUCUUCUCACCCUCUUCUCACACGAGGUACCCACCCUACCCCUUAUUCAGCAUGUCUGGGAUUUUCUGCUCUGCCGGGAACCUUUGGCAGUGGUAUGGCUAGCCGUCGCUGUCAUUCUCGUUCGAAAACCUGACGUUCUUCGAUUAGCGGCAGAAGAAGAGGAUGGCAUGAUACAUUCAGUUUUGAAUGCUCUGCCUUCACUCAGUGAUGAUUCCGAGACAGCGAACGACGUUCCCUUCGAUCAACAUACUCGAUCAGCAUCACCAGAUGAGGAAGACACAGUCCCCUUCAACACAGAGGAGAUGAAGCGGCUUUCAGAUACACCCGACGAAAGCACAAGCCACGAGCUUUUCACAGAACAACAUCAAAUGAUCGAAGAGAAACCAGUUCUCUGUUUGGCAGAGAAUGGAGUGUCCAAGAAUAUCACCGAUGGUGAAGUUGUACUUGGAGAGACCAAUGUGACUGCUGAUCCUCAGGAAAUUGCGGCCAUGAUUUCUCCAGAAACACUCGUCGAUAAUACUGCCGAAAUUAAUACUGACAUCCGGCCCUCACAGCCACAAGUGGUCCCACCCAACCCACCGUUUCUUUCUAGACCGACGUCCCCGACGUCGCUACGUACAUCGCGUUCUAGUUCCUGCACUGCAUCCCGUUCGUCCUCAUCACCACCUCAAAAAUCCUGCCGGCCUCCAGUUUCACUUACGUCCCUUCUAACACACGCCGCACAGCUCCUUGAGACUUAUCCUCCCACCCUCCCCGAGCUUCGCGUUAAUGACAUACUUGGGCCUAAGAGCGUUGUGCACACGUGGAGACCUCCUCAAAAUAGUUUCUCUACACAAUACGACAAUGAACGUGAUGAUGAUGUAGAGAGCUGGGUUGGGAGCCCUGAUGUUGUUGUCCCAUUUAUAGAAGAUGAAGAUAUAGAGAGCGAAAAUGAGCGAAAGACGAAGUCACGCAAAGGCCCCGUCCCAAGGCACCGGAAUCUCGUUCUCCUUCAUCGCCUGCGCCUUCGGUUCGGACUACUCACUUCCAUGGAGAAACGGAUCCUUCUGUUAGGUGCGAUAGCGGCAGUUGGUCUUGCCGUUGCCCUUCGCCAGAACAGGGGCAUUUCUGAGAUGAGGAAUGGGUGGAUAGCCUGGGUAUGGGCAUUCAGCGGUGGAAUUCGGUCUAGAACUGUGGAAUGAACCAGACUAUCAAAUAUCUGUGCAUCGUAUAUCAUAUAUAAUCACUGAAUAACUUGACAUUUUUAUGGAACACUUAUUGAGUCUUCAAAUCAGAAACGUCUAUCACAGGCUGAUCGGUUCAUGUGCGAGUUUUUAUUUUGUAUAGAUUUACAAUUAUGAACAACGUUCACCACCGGUGAGGUUUAGGCUACAACGGUUCCGGAUCCAUUU